UAUAUAGUGCCACCCUCUUAAUCUUCCUCAUUAGCUUCUUAAACUUAUUUCCAACAAUAUACUGUAUCUCCCUCUCUCUUAAACAUAUAUAAUCUCUCUCUAUCUAGAGAUCUCUCUCUUUCUCCAAAAAUGAAGAAUCUAUCGCUGCGUUUGGUCUCAGCCGUUUUCAUCUCUCUCAUGCUUCUCGUUGCCACUGCCACAGAGAGGAGUCCUGCUCCUGUGGUUGAGGAGCCAAGAACAUGCAACACACAGAGCAAAUAUUUUGACGGAGGGAUUUGCUUGAACUCAAACCACUGCGCCAUCAUCUGCCGUCACUUUGAGGGUUUUGAAGGCGGUCACUGCCGUGGACUCGUCCGUCGUUGUUACUGCACCAAACACUGUACUUGAUGGGAUCUUCAUCAUCAUCGUGAUAAUAUUCUUACCAAAUAAAAAAUAAAAAAAUAGUUUCGAUCUAUCUCUACAAAACACUGUACUCCCUAGCCAGUAUUUCCAGAUUUAUAAUAAUUAAUAAUGGGUUUUUAGUAAGAGUUUAAUUCUAUUAUUGUGUUUUGGUUCAACUUCGGAUUCUCCAUUGUGACAACGAAAGCAAAAGAUUUGGAUUCUCCAUCUAAUAAGUGAAUAGUUU